AUGAAUAAAACAACAGAUCGAAGUGUAAGCAAUGAACUAAAAAUGGCGCCCUUUGAACUUAAUAUAUGGCUUGGCUGUUUCAUUUUAAUUACUGGCAAUAUCAGCACGUUUGGAAAUAUCAUCAUUUUCUCCUCGCGUGCAUUUCGAAAUCGUGCUUGUACGGUUUAUUUACUAGUUGAAGCAAUUGUCUUGAUCUUCUUCUUCGAUCUGGUUCUGCUUACCCGUACACUUCAGAAGGGUUUUCGAAUACCUGUUUUAAACCGAUAUGAUGCUAUCUGUCGACUUCGUUAUUUCGCUUCACAAUAUACUAAUCUAAUAGCGAUUAGUUUAUUCAUUCUGGCAACAACGGAUCGAUAUUUAUCAACGCAGCGUUCACAAGCACUUCGAAAAUGGAGUGGACGAACGAGUCUCGCAUAUAAACUAGUACUUGCUUGUGUCAUCAUUUGGUUUGUAUUUGGUUGUCAUCGAUUAGUUCUCUAUAGUGCAGCAACUGGCUAUUGUAUUGCUCAACCAGGGCUCUACGCUCUUCUUGACAAUUACCUUGAAGCUGUUAUAUCUGGUCUAUGUCCACCGGUCAUUAUAUUUGUAUUAAGCUAUUUACUAAUGCGAAGUGUUCGAAAUACUAUUCAAAGACAGAAUCUAGUUCUCAGCAAUGAACCAAAUAAGCCAGCAGUUAAUUCAACAUUUCUUCGAAAAACAGACAAACAAUUGACUCAGAUGUUAUUUUGGCAAACAUUAGUUGCGAUUCCAGCAUUUAUUCCUUACACAAUUCAGUUAAUCUAUUCGAAUGUAACUGAGAACUGGUCGAAAUCUCCGGAAUGGGUAGCUUGGGAAAAUGUUUGUGUAGAAACUAUUCGAUUACUAUCAUAUACAUUUUUCAGCACACGUUUAUACAUCACAUUAAUAUCUAGCCGGCGCCUUCGACGAGAAAUUUUUCGAAUAUUUCGGUUGAGAAAUGGCAUACAACCAACAGAUGUAACAUUAAAUACAAUUGACCAAACUACUGCCGGUGGAUUAAUAACAAUUAAACAGCAGACAAAUACUUAA